CGCUGGGGGUGGUGAUGGUGCUGCUGCUGGUCAUCCUCAUCCCGGUGCUGGUCAGCUCGGCCGGCACCUCGGCGCACUACGAGAUGCUGGGCACCUGCCGCAUGGUCUGCGACCCCUACGGCGGCACCAAGGCGCCCAGCACGGCGGCCACGCCCGACCGCGGGCUCAUGCAGUCCCUGCCCACCUUCAUCCAGGGGCCCAAGGGGGAGGCCGGCCGGCCGGGCAAAGCGGGGCCGCGGGGCCCGCCGGGGGAGCCGGGGCCGCCCGGCCCGGUGGGGCCGCCGGGUGAGAAGGGCGAGCCGGGGCGGCAGGGCCUGCCGGGCCCCCCCGGGGCGCCGGGGCUGAACGCCGCGGGGGCCAUCAGCGCCGCCACCUACAGCACCGUCCCCAAAAUCGCCUUCUACGCCGGCCUCAAGCGGCAGCACGAGGGCUACGAGGUGCUCAAGUUCGACGACGUGGUCACCAACCUCGGCAACCACUACGACCCCACCACCGGCAAGUUCACCUGCUCCAUCCCCGGCAUCUACUUCUUCACCUACCAUGUGCUCAUGCGGGGCGGCGACGGCACCAGCAUGUGGGCCGACCUCUGCAAGAACAACCAGGUUCGAGCUAGUGCGAUUGCCCAGGAUGCUGAUCAGAACUACGACUAUGCCAGUAACAGCGUGGUUCUUCACUUGGAGCCAGGAGAUGAAGUUUACAUUAAAUUAGAUGGAGGAAAAGCACAUGGAGGAAACAACAACAAAUACAGCACAUUUUCUGGAUUUAUUAUUUAUGCUGACUGAUAAUGAGUAAAAAGACCCACCAAACCAGUCGAGAAGCCUGCUCUUCUAAGCGAUGGAUUUGCGUGGCAAAAGUCAAUGAAACAAGCACCCCAGCAGAGAGUGACACCGCACACCUCAGCAGCGGGGGAAAAGUCGAAUGCUACCUGAUUCACAUCUGUGCAACACAGAGAAACCUUACGUUAAAAAACCACAAAGCAAGUUAA